ACUCAUUUGUUUCAUCCAAAGCAAAAAGCACUUUGUGUGUAGCUUCUUCUUCUUCUCCUCCCAAUUAAUCAAUUCCAGUGAGCAUAAUGAUGAGAACUUCUUCUUCCUUCAUGUCCUUGUUGUUCCUAAUUCCAAUGCUCUUGUUUGUCGGCAAUGUGCAAUGCAAUCCAAAUUACAGAGAGGCUUUGGCUAAAUCCUUGUUGUUUUUGCAAGGACAGAGGUCUGGAAGGCUCCCUCCUGACCAGCAACUCAAAUGGAGAAGUGAUUCUGGUCUCUUUGAUGGCCGCCUUGCCAAUGUGGAUUUGAGUGGAGGCUACUAUGAUGCAGGAGACAAUGUAAAAUUCAACUUCCCAAUGGCCUUCACAACCACCAUGCUAUCAUGGAGCGCAAUUGAAUAUGGCAAGAGAAUGGGGCCCCAACUCAAAGAAGCAAGAGCUGCAAUCCGCUGGGGCACAGACUACCUCCUCAAGUGUGCCACAUCCACACCUGGAAGGCUCUAUGUUGGUGUUGGAGACCCAAAUGUGGACCACAAGUGUUGGGAGAGGCCAGAGGACAUGGACACUGCUAGGACUGUGUACUGGGUGUCCCCAAACAACCCUGGUUCUGAUGUGGCUGCUGAAACUGCAGCUGCACUUGCUGCUGCAUCUCUUGUUUUCAAAAAGGUUGAUCCAACAUACUCUAAGCUGUUGGUGAGGACUGCACAAAAGGUUUACCAGUUUGCUCUGCAGUAUCAGGGUUCUUACAGUGAUUCACUAGGGUCUGCAGUUUGCCCUUUUUAUUGCUCGUAUUCUGGCUUCAAGGAUGAGCUAUUGUGGGGAGCUGCAUGGCUUUUCAGAGCAACAAAUGCAGUUAAAUACUAUAAUUUGAUAAAAACUUUGGGAGCUGAUGAUCAACCAGAUAUCUUCAGUUGGGACGACAAAUAUGCUGGUGCACAUGUCCUUCUCUCAAGGAGGGCAUUGCUGAAUGGUGAUAAGAACUUCGAUCAAUACAGGCAAGAAGCUGAGAAUUUCAUGUGCAAGAUCUUGCCUAACUCUCCCUCUUCAAGUACACAAUAUACACAAGGAGGACUCAUGUUCAAGCUACCUGACAGCAAUCUCCAGUAUGUGACAUCCAUAACAUUCCUGCUUACAACCUAUGCCAAGUAUAUGUCAGCUAAAAAAUACACAUUUAACUGUGGCAAUGUUUUAGUCACUCCAAACACCUUAAGAAGCGUAGCGAAAAGACAGGUAGACUAUAUACUAGGAGAAAACCCACUUCAAAUGUCCUACAUGGUGGGUUAUGGUCCUAACUUUCCCAAGAGAAUCCACCACAGAGGAUCUUCAUUGCCUUCACUAGCAGCUCAUCCACAAACCAUAGGCUGUGAUGGAGGUUUCCAACCAUUUUUCCAUUCGUCAAAUCCUAAUCCUAAUAUAUUGGUUGGAGCCAUAGUUGGAGGUCCAAACCAGAGUGACGGCUUUCCAGAUGACCGCAGUGAUUACAGUCAUUCUGAACCUACAACUUACAUCAAUGGCGCGGUUGUUGGACCUUUAGCAUACUUUGCUGGUAUCCAUUAAAGUUUGAUUGACUUUGAUAGCAAGGUUAAUCAGGGCCUAGUCAUCAACUGUAGAUAGUGUCUCAUAUCAACGACUAGUCGACUCUACCCAACAACGGGAUGUCCACCAACUCAAAACAGAUGGUGGACUAUGAAGUUAGCAGUGUUCAUUUCAGUCUUUUGAAACAAAAAUGUACUUUUAGUAAUUGUAAUCCAACAUAGUUGCUAUGUGUUACACUACAUGGUGUAUCACCCAGAAAAUAUGUGCCAUCCCAUAUUCCCAUGGGACAGCCUAAUUUAUCCCUAAA